ACUAACCGGCUCGCACGUCAGCUGCGGUAACGUUUUAUAACGUGAUAAAAGCCAAUUAACCGACUAACAACAUGAAGAGAGCAAAGCGGCGACAGCCUCGCCAAGAGACCAACAUGUUUAAGAUCGACUUCCAAUCGCUUAUGCUGUUUUUGAUUUUCGGCGCCGCCUUUAUCCUCGUCAUUGCAUUCCAACCGUUAAGUAAAGAAGAGCAUAUCGAACGCUAUAACAAAAUGAGUGAAGACGUAGAGCCAUUUAGAAAGAAUUUAACAGAAUGCGCUCGCCAAGUCAAAGCGUCUAUGGUCGACGUAGAACACUUUUUGAAAAGGAUACCGCAGUCCACAAUGCAGGGUAAAUGCUUCGUCGCUUGCAUAUUAAAACGGAACAACAUUAUCACAAAGAAUAAAGUGAAUGUAAAGAAUCUUCUAGAAGCUAAUAGGGCUGUGUAUGGAGAUGAUAGUGAGGUGCUUGCACGUUUGAAAACAACGGUAAAGGAAUGUUCGGAGGUUGUAGAAGGCGUGUUUGAAAUCUGCGAGUAUGCGUCAGUGUUUAAUGACUGCAUGCAUAUGAAGAUGGAGCAUUUGCUCAACCGCAUGACCAUGGAGCGGCGAAUGGAGGCCCUGGGGCAGAUGACAAGCAACCCUGACGAGUGGAGCGACGACGAGGACGAGAUGCUCAAACUUGUUAAGGAUGAACUUUAG